AUGUCGGAGGGAAGGAGGAUCAGCUCCAGAAGAAAGGUGCCAACGGACCGCUACGGUGACUUCGUUGGACCACCACUACCUCGAAAACCUCGCACCCAGUCAGCAAAUCAAACACAAGUGGAAGAAAGUGUCUCCUUGGGACUCACGGUCAAGAGCACCACAAAACAGCGACGCAUCGACUUGGAAUCAAAGAGAGAAGUCGCAAAAUUGGAAUCAGAGCACAGAGAAGUGAGAAAACAACAUCAGACCAGCGAACUAAUUGCCUCCGGUCUGAAGAAAGAUGUCGACGGCGUCAUGGAAGUCAUCCUAUCACUGCGCGAAAAAGAUGAAGAUGACGACAGAGAGAAUAAAAUUGAACAAGAGGAAGUCAAACUGACGAAAUUGAUCGAAGCGUUGCGAAGUGCUGAGCAAGAUAGGGAUAUGAAAAUGAUCAAUCUGCAAUUUUCAGAAGAAGCCCUAAACUCAAAGAAAGCAAUUUUGCAAGAAGAGGCGGAAGUAGAAAAGUUGGAAGUGGAGCUGGAAGAAGAAAAAGAACAGCAGAGAAAAUCAAUCGAAGGUCUCAGCAAAGGUGACAAGGUGGAACUCAUAUCAAAUUGGGCAGCCAGCGCUGGUGACCACACAUUUGCCAAAUUGCUUGAAAAGAAAAUGAGAAUAAGUGCUCAAAAUCAAGAAUCCAUACCGGUAGACGAUUUGGGAGCAACGGAAAAAGAGAAGAAAGUUCAGCCAGAUGAUGAUGACGAGUUAAUCUCUGUAGAGGAGGAUGCAGAAUCCGAACCUGAGGAUAGAGAAGAACUUGAACAAUUGCGAUUACGGUUCGCUCGAUUAAUUGGUAAAAAUAAACAAGAGGAUAAACAAGGACCCAACAAACCAAAAGCAAAGGAUGAUGAUUCAAAUAUUAUGCAAAGUAUGGCAAAAGCAAUUGCUGCAAUGGCGACAGCGCUACCACACAAUCAAAGUGUUAACUCGAACAAGAUGAUGGCCAGACAGAUCCAAGGAAGAGAUUUGCCUACAUUAACUGGAAAACCAGAAGAGUGGCCAUCAUUCAUCACAUCCUACGAAACGUCAACAAAAACUUGUAAAUUCUCCGACGGGGAGAAUCUCAUCCGGCUACAGAGGUGCUUGAAAGGAGAAGCCCUCAAAACAGUACAGUGCUUGCUAGUGGACGGGAAGGGAGUAAAUGAAGCAAUUCGAAAGCUGCGAGCUCGAUUUGGCCGACCUGGAAUAAUCAUCAACAGUAUGAUUCAAAAGGUGAAAGAUACACCCUCAGUCAAGCAAGACAACUCGACAACACUGGUAAAUUUCGGGUUGGAAGUAGACAACCUCGUGAUGACCAUCGAAUCUCUUGGAGCGACAAGACAGAUGGCCAACCCCACAUUAGUACAGGAACUAAUGCAGAAACUUCCAGCACAAUUGCAAUUGGAGUGGGCAAGGUGGAAACAAAGGAAGAAACUGGAAUUUUCUCAACUCUCAGACUUCGCUGACUGGAUCCGACCACUCACCGAGGCCGCAUUCGAAUUGUAUCCAACGGGUAGCAAACUUGAACCUGUCACCCAAAAGCAACCUUAUGAGAAGAAGGGCAACGGUCACAGGGGCCAGAAUAAGCAAGAGCGAGCAAUGGUAACUACCGAGAAAUGGGAACGGAAGGGUGAACAAAGAAAGCCCAACAAGUGCACAUUUUGUGAAGACGCCCACGCCGCCUGGUAUUGUCCAAAAUUCAAGGAUGCCGACGUAGAAAGCCGGUGGUCUAUGGUGAAAGAGAAGAACGCUUGCUACUGUUGCCUAACUCGUGGACAUCGAACAAAUGAAUGUAAACGGAAACGUGAAUGCAGAAUUGAUGGGUGCAAUAAGCUCCACAACCGACUGCUACACCCCGACAACAAGGAGAAAAAUUCUAGAAGUGAGUCGACCCUUACCACCCAAGAAACCGUUACCCCCAACGAGGCGGAAAUUACCCUUUGCGCAACACAAGAUGCAAAAGUCAACUACAACGUGAUUCCAGUAAAUGCAAGAAAGAAAGAUGGAUCACUUUUACCAGUAUUCAUCGCACUGGACAGUUACGCGUCAUUGACUUCAUCAGACGAGGAGACAAGAAAGAAGCUCGGACUAACAGGAGAGAAACGACCUUUAAUAGUGAAGGGGUUCCAGUCUACAACGACCACCGAGGAGUCGUAUGUCAUCGACAUUCAGAUUGUGUCAAAGCUUGAUGGCAAAUCGUACACGCUCAAAAAUGUACGAACCGUCCCGAAACUGGAACUACCAAGUCAGUCAGUGACCCGAGAAACAAUCAAUAAAUUUCCUCAUUUGCGACGUGUCCCAUUGGAAAACUACAACAAUAUCCGACCAACUAUUCUUGUGGGAAUGGACAACUAUAUGUUGCAUUUGCCAAAGGAAAUUAAAGCAGGAAAAGAUGGUGAACCUGCUGCAAUUCGUACCGAGAUGGGCUGGGCUGUUGUUGGACCGACAACCACGAAGAUAAGCAAGAAGAAUCACUCAUAUCGAAUAAGUGAGACAGUUGACGACCCACUCCAUGAAAUGGUCAAGAAUUUCUUCACUACCGAAUAUGUUGGAGUAAAGCCGAGUUUGAUAAGACCUCGAUCAAGAGAAGAUAUCAGGGCGCAAGAAAUAAUGGAUCGCACCAUCCGGAGAGUUGAUCACGGGUGGGAAAGUGGACUACUUUGGCGUGAUGAUGAAGUGUCACUGCCCUGCAACAAAAAUUACGCCUUCCAGAGGCUGAAGUCCAUGGAACGGAAAAUGGACAAGGAUGAAGCGUUCGCCAAGCAAUACGUGGAACGCAUUCAAGAAUAUCAAACGAAGGGGUUUGCCCGAAUACUAACCCCAGAGGAAUCCGCAGUAGAAACUUCCAAAACAUUUUAUAUGCCACACUUUAUGGCGUAUAAUGAGAAGAAGCCCAAGAAAUAUCGCUUCGUAUUUGAUGCAGCUGCAAAAGUGAAUGGACGCAGCUUAAAUGACCACCUCCUCCAAGGUCCGGAUAAAUUAGUUUCACUUCCUGGAACUCUACUAAAAUUUCGACAGAGAAGAAUUGCUGUCACGGCGGACAUAAAGGAUAUGUUCCACCGCGUCAAGAUUAGAAAAGAAGACGCACCCGCACAACGAUUUCUUUGGAGGGGGAUGGACCGAGAACGUGACCCAGACGUUAUGGAAAUGGGCGUUCUCAUCUUCGGAGCGUCAUGCUCGCCUGCGUGCGCUCAAGAAGUUAAAAACAAAAAUGCAGAAGAAUUUAAAGAAGAAUUCCCAAAAGCAUAUCAAGCAAUUGUCCACCGCCAUUACAUGGACGACUUGCUAGACAGCUACGAUACAGAAGAAGAAGCAAUCAAGUUGCAUCGUGACAUCACAGAAGUCCACAAAAGGGGGUCAUUCCACAUUUGUAAUUGGAUGUCCAAUUCAGCCGAAGUGAUGGAAAAAAUUCAUGAAGAUUUGAGAGCAAAAUCAACCCAAAUAGUGAAUGUAAAUGUAAAUGUAAAUGGAGAAGACCAGAUUGAAAGGGUCCUCGGUUUAUUUUGGGCACCAGAACCAGACCAAUUUACAUUCUGCCUUAAAUAUUUGAAAGCAAGACAAGAGGUCCUGGAAGGGUUACGAAUUCCAACUAAAAGAGAGGUGCUAUCCUUAGUCAUGUCGCUGUUUGACCCGAUGGGAUUCGUGGCAACAUUAAUUGUGAAGGCCAAGAUGAUUCUUCAGCACACUUGGAGGAAAGGAGUAGGUUGGGACGACGAAAUUCCCACCGCAACUCAUCACGUGUGGCGAAGCUGGCUACAAUUACUGAAGAGGAUUCAAGAUUUCAGAAUCCCACGUUGUUAUUCGGAAAUCUUUUCAAGUGGAGCAGAUGUUCAACUCCACAUAUUUGGGGACGGAAGCGAAGAAGCAUUUGGAGCAGUCGCCUACUUCAGAAUAGAGCUUGGCGACCGAAUUUCAACAGCAUUGGUAAUGGCAAAGUCAAACGUCGCACCACUAAAACAUUUGACCACUCCGCGGAUGGAGCUACAAGCUGCGGUAAUGGGGGCCAGAUUGUCAAAGUUUAUUAAGGAGUACAUCGAAAUCAAAAUUAAUCGUACCGUAUACUGUAGUGACAAUCAAACUGUGCUGGAUUGGAUUCGAGCAGAUGGGUGCCGAUUUCAACAAUUUGUGGGGAACAGGAUUGGAGAAAUUCAAGAUCUCACCGAAGUCAGUCAGUGGAGGUGGGUGCCAUCAGCAGAUAAUCCAGCAGAUGAUUUAACAAGAAUGGACAGUAUUUGUGAUUGGAACCCUGAAAGUCGUUGGGCGAAUGGACCAGCUUUCUUGAUGUUGAAAGAAGAAUUCUGGCCAAAAGAAGAAAAGAAACAUGAGGUCGCAAUCGACGCGUCAAGAUCGUCAUCAUGGCGCAAAUUGAUUGGCGCAACAGCUCUCAUCUUCCGACUUGUAGAGAAAUGUCGAAAGAAAGACAUGCAAAUCGGCCCGCUUUCAGUUGUGGAGAGAAAGUCUGCUGUACUAUGGUGGAACCGAAGAUCGCAGUCCGAGUCAUUUCCAGAGGAAGUUAUCCACCUGAGGGUAGGGAAGGAGUUGUCCAGUCGCAGCCGUUUAAAAGGAUUGAGCGUCGUGCUGGAGGAUGGACUGAUGAAAGUAGCAGGGAGACUCGAAAACUCACCGCUACCGGCUGGAACAAAAAGACCAGUCCUAUUGGAUUCGAAACAUCCAUACACCAAAUUACUAAUCCAGUUUUAUCAUGAUGUGUGUGGACACCACGGACAAGAGAGGAUUGCAAACGAGAUUCGACAGCAAUACCAAAUUAUUGGACUCAAGUCAGCAGUAAGAGCAGCCCAAACUAAAUGCAAAUUGUGCCAAAAAAGAAGAGUAAUGCCAAUCCCACCGGAAAUGGGUCAGCUUCCCAAGUUUCGAGUGGAAAAUCCAGGGUUUCCAUUCCACCGCACUGGGUUGGAUUAUUUUGGACCUGUCAUUGUGAACGUAAAGAGAAGUAAUGAGAAAAGAUAUGUUGCAUUAUUCACGUGCUUGGCCACCAGAGCCGUACAUCUCGAGAUCGCCGGAUCCUUGUCGUCCGACUCUUGCAUCAUGGCGAUGCGAAGAUUUUUUGCGAGAAGAGGAUGUCCAGAAGCAAUUUACUCCGACAACGGCACUAAUUUUGUGGGGGCCAACAAUGAACUCAAGAGAGCGCUGAAAGAGUUGGAUCAAGAUAAGAUCAAAUCAGAAUGCAGUAUCAGAGGGGUGGAGUGGCAUUACACACCUCCUCUCGCUCCCCACUUUGGAGGAAGUUGGGAAAGACUAGUCCGAUCAGUGAAGACCGCUUUGGGGGACGUGCUGCAACGUAACAAUUUAAAAGAAGAAGUUCUGUCUACAUUCCUGGCCGAGGCAGAACAUACAAUAAAUAGUCAUCCUUUGACUCAUGUACCAGUUGACCCGAACGAUCCCGACCCGCUUACACCGAACCAUUUCCUGAUUCGCCGAGCCAGCAAUCUACAGCCGAUAGGGUCAUUUGAUCGCAGUGAUUUGUAUGGAAGAAAGCAGUGGAGAAUUGUGCAGACAAUUUCAAACGAGUUCUGGUCCAGGUGGGUAAAAGAAUAUCUACCGACGCUAUUGCGACGCCAAAAGUGGUUCCAGCAAACCAAACCGAUUCGCGUGGGAGACAUCGUCCUGGAAGUCAACGAGAACCUUCGCCGAAAUUUGUGGCCACUGGGGAAAGUAGUGAAAUGCUUUCCUGGAGAGGACAAAAUUGUGCGUGCCGUCGAGAUUAUGUAUGGUAAUGGACACGUAUUGAAAAGACCAGUAGCCAAAUUAUGUAUUUUAGACGUCGACCCACCCAAAUUAGAAGAGAAGACGGCGACGUCCUAA